AUGGGGUCCUUCAACGGCCACGUGCUGCCGGGGACGCUGUUCCUGGCGGUGGGCCUGUGGCGGGUGUGGUCCGCCGUGGUGCGCUUCGCCGCCGACCCGCCGGCGUUCCGCGUCCGCGCGUGGUGCCCCCUCGAGCUCCCUAGGGUGCCCCGCCUCCUGGAGCUCUACGUGGUGGCUGGCGGCGCGUUCCUCGACAUGUGCCUGGAGCUCGGUGGCGGCGUCCUCGCCCGCCGCGGCGGAGGCGUCGCGCCGGAGUCCAGCCUCAUCUACCUCGAGCAUGCCGGCAUGCUGCUCAUGUUCUUCCUCUUUGGCGCGCUCGCCCUCCUCUCCCAGAAGUGCACCAGGUACCUGCCUCUCACCGAUGGCGAGCUGUGCCUGGUGGCGGCGACGGCAUUCACGUCGGAGUUCCUGCUCUUCUCCUACCACUCUGCGACCCACGCAGGCCUAGAGGGCUACUACCAUCACCUCCUCGUCAUCCUCAUCGGCCUCUGCAUCCUCACCACCGUCCUCGGCGCGCUCCUGCCGGAGAGCUUCCCCGUCGACGUCGCCGCGGGCACGCUCAUCGCGCUGCAGGGGAUGUGGUUCUACCAGACAGCGCUCACGCUGUACGGGCCCAUGCUCCCGGACGGGUGUGACCGGGACGCCGACGGCCACCAGGUCGACUGCCGCAGCCGUGCCGCGGAGGAGCGCGCCGAGCAGCUGGCCAACUUCCAGAUGUUCGGGGCCGUGUUCCUCGCUUUCAUCUACGUGCUUGGGUGCUAUGCCGUCACCGCGGCCAGGUACGGGCACCCGGACUUGGUGGCGAUGCAUGGGGAGCACGUCGCCGCCCUAGAGUGCCGUGGCGUCGGCGCCGGCACCUGCGCAGAGGAGUGCGUGGUCUAG